AGUUAUUUUGAUGUGUUUUCAUUUUGUUUAGAUUUGUUUCAUGAAUAUGUUUGUUUCUUAUCAUUCAAGUAAAUUUAUUAAUGUGAUCAGCGUAAUUCUGAAUUGAAAUUGCAUAAAGUAACUAUGAAGUUUGUCGAGAUAUGUACAUAAGAGAUAUGUACACCAUACUCUAAAUCGAAGAAGUAAGAGCUGUUAAAAGUGAUGAACCUAUUCAACUGUACUGGUAGCAUUCUGAUCAAUGGUUCUGUCUGGAUUGGUUUAUUUACAAAUACUGCCAAUGUAUGGAUUUGUUUGACAAUAAGACUAUGAUAUUCAUGAUAUAUAUUCAUUAUGUACAAUAAACGCACGAAAAAAUUGUGAUACAUAGCUUUGAUAAUCCAUAAAUUAAGUUUCUAAGGUACGAUUAGUACAAUUUUGUAUUAAGAUAAACAAUGUCUGAGAAAAAUAUAGUUGAGUGGACGCAAAAGGAUGUGACAAGAUGGCUUAGAGAAACUGGACAUGAAAAAUUUAUUGACUCAUUUUUUGAUCAGGAAAUUGAUGGAAAAGUGCUCUUGACCCUGAAAGAAGACGAUCUAAAGUUAAUAUCCAGGAAUUUACAGAAAAUUGGUGAUAUAAAAAGAUUAUAUAUUAGCAUAAAACAAUUACAAAGGGAUAAUGUGGCAGUAUUAUUUGAAUUAGGAUAUAUUGAUAUAUUUCCAUCAUCAAAUUUUUAUAAUCAUCAUAAACAUGAAAUGCCUAGUAGUGGUAUAAAUAAUGAAGGUUCUAUUGAACAUGAAUUUUAUUCAGCAUCUGUAUCAGAAGAUGGUCAUGCGUCACAUUUGUCACCUGAAAUUUGGAAAACUUUCAUUAGUUUGGCAUAUUUAUUUAUUGUUACAUGGAUUACUGCCUUUGUGAUGGUCAUUGUUCAUGAUAGAGUGCCUGAUAUGAAAAAAUAUCCUCCGUUACCUGAUAUAUUUUUAGAUAACGUUCCACAUAUUCCUUGGGCAUUUGAUAUGUGUGAAGUUACUGGAACUAUACUUUUUGCAAUAUGGCUGAUUGUAUUAAUUUUUCACAAAUACAGAUUUAUUUUAUUGCGGAGAUUUUUUGCUUUAUCUGGCACAGUCUUCCUGUUAAGAUGUGUUACAAUGCUUAUUACUUCCUUAUCAGUGCCAGGCACACAUUUGCAAUGUCAACCAAGAAAAGUUUCCGAAGAUUGGACAAGUUCUGCAUAUGUAGAGUUAUAUAAUAAAAUUGCUAUGGCUUAUGUUAUAUGGCGUGGUGCUGGUAUGUCGAUUCAAGGUGUUAGAACAUGCGGUGAUUAUAUGUUUAGUGGACAUACUGUUGCGUUAACUAUGUUAAAUUUUUUCAUUACAGAAUAUACACCGCGACAAUUGUAUUUUUUACAUACCUUCACAUGGAUGCUCAAUAUGUUUGGUAUAUUUUUUAUCUUGGCAGCACACGAACAUUAUUCCAUUGAUGUUUUCGUAGCUUUCUACAUUACAUCACGUCUGUUUCUUUAUUAUCAUACUUUAGCCAAUAAUCAAGCAUUGAUGCAACGUGAUUCAAAUAGAACCAGAAUAUGGUUUCCAUUAUUUAGUUUUUUCGAAUCUUCUGUCGAUGGUAUCGUUCCAAAUGAGUAUGAAUCUCCGUCUCUAAUCGUUUGUAAUCUAGCAUGUACUGGGAAAAAUAUAUGGCAUUUGGUACGAUCCUCAAUUUGCUUCCGUAAAUCAUGGCGUGAUGUAAACGGCAGUGUAAAGAAUAGCACAAAGAAGGAACACUAGCCAGUAUAUAAGUUACUUCAGUUUUAUAUUCCUUUGAUAAUAGACUUUUGAGAAUAUUAAUUUUACUUGAUAACUCUCUUUAUACCAUUUAAAUAACAAAAUUAUAUAACAAAAAAUAUUAAUUGCAAACAUUUAUUUUUGGAAGUGAAAUUAUUUAGUUAGCAAAAUCUCCAUUAUCAAAAUGAAUUUGUACGAUUUGUUUAAAUAUUUCUAAUUUUUACGAAAUGACUAUCCAUAAUAGUAUAUUUAAAUGAUUGCCUUCCAAAAGAAAUUUUAUUAUUAUAAUAUUAUCAUAUUUAACUUGUACAAUCCCUAUUAAAAUCAAUUUUGACUAUCUCUUCUGAAACUUAGAUUUAGAUGCAUUACUUUUUUCCCUUAUUGUUAAUCAUGGAGAAAUUUGUUUUCUUUUUCGUGAAUAAAUAUAUUAUAAAAAUUUGAUUAUGCAAGUAAAUUUUGUAAGUAACAAGGAAUUAAAAUUAACUGAAUGUAUGACUAUAUGUUGGAGCUAAUGAUCAUAUGCAGUAUAAUUUGUUGUUAAUUGAAGCUACCGAAUGAAAGUUAUAUUAAUGAAACCAUAAAUAAAUUGCAAGUAACAGUAAGUAACAGUGCAUAAAAAACUGAUUUCAUACGAAAAUUUAUGUAUUCGUUUAUUUCAUAAUUUUUGAUACAAGAUUUCGGGAAAUAAGAAAAA